GGCAGCAUAGCAGAACAAGAUUAUAACUAUGAUCAUCCCUGUAUUUUGACCAAAGAUGACCAUCAUUCUUCAACCAAAAAUACAACCACCGGCCUUGUAUCAUCUUCCUAUAUCCGGUGACCAAUCCUAAUCAAAUCUAGCCGUUACAGGCAAACCCCAGAUUUCUCCGGCCCAUUCCAACAAACCUCUUGGCCGAAAUCACUGAUCACCUCCUCAUCAUUGACCUUAUCAUGGUUGUUGACAGGUGAAUUUGAUCUUGAUCUAGUUUAGUUUAGUGAUGAAUUUGAAAUUGUUAGUCUUUAGCCGUUUUUGCCAUCGCCAAUCACUCUGUUCAUCUUUGUUUGAGUCGAAUAUUUUUUUUUUCUUGUCUAUUUCAUGUAUUUGGUAGAAGAGGAUUAUAGCUGAAAUGGAUAGGUAUCUAAAAAGAGUAAAACAAAUCCAAUCUUAUACUAAUCCAGUCCAAUUAUCCUAAUUCAUUUCUAUCCUAGUUCCUAAACGUGGGCCUAAAGAACAUAAUACAUAUUUGUUGGAGAUAUUACCUCUCCACCAUUGUUAUUUCUAUCCAUCCCUUCGUCACCUUGCAAAAUGGGAUCAAUAGGACAAUAUAGCUACAAAAGCAACCUUCAUCCAAACCAAAGGGAAAAAAAAAAGGGAGGCCUAGGGUCCGCAAGUAGGUAAGAGCAAAAAAUUAGAAGCGAGAGGCGUCUAGGCUGUUUGCGUGUGAGGCUUCUCAAUUCUCACGUGCGCUAAAAAGAGCAUAUAAAUACCAGCAGUACCUGUAUUCGUAUAAACUAGGUGAGCAAUUGAGCAAGGCGGUCACUCAUUUCUAGCCCUCUCGGCUCUCUUCGUGGUCAACGAUUUUCGUCGGAAACCUAAUUCUGUCGUCUACAUUUGUGAGUGAGUGAUGGAACAGCACUUGCGAGGUUCUCAGUCGCCGAUCGACGUCUUCAAGUACCGCCGUCGUCAACUGUCGCCGCUCGCGCCCCUGCAGAAUCUGAUCGUGCCGCAGACGGAGGACGGCGUUUCGGUUGCCGGAAGCUACGGCUCCAAAGGCCAGUUUGUGCAUGAUAAAGAAAAUCUGCGUCCAACUUCUUUCCCUGCCAAGAACAAAUCCAAGGCACAGAUGUGCAAGUCUACAACUAGCUCAGGAUUAUGCACACCCAGCCCAAAGUCCCAUGUCGCCCAUCAGGUCAUGGCGUCAGCUGUUACAGAAGCAGCAGCAGCAGCGUUAACCUCAUCGCCAAAGCCAAAUAACACCAGCGAGACCCCAAUUACUGUCAUCAGCUGCAAGGACUGGUCACCCCAAGAUGAUGGCAUUGAGGUUAUCUUGCCUCCAACUGAAUCACAGGUUAUCUUGCCUCCAACUGAAUUACCUUCAUCAAACGAAGAUGUGGAUGCAUCCAGCACUGCUGGGCUGAGUCUUGUCUAUGGUCCUACUACAAGAAGGAGAUUGCCACUGUUUGCUGAAAUUUGCCCAGAGUAGUGAUUCUGAUGUUUAUAGUCUAGAGAACCUCGAUUUCAGACAAAAUAUAUACCGCACUGCAUAUUCGUCCUGUUAGAUUCGGGUUAUAUACUUGCAUUGCAUAAGACAAAAGGUAUAAUGUAGAUUCGUCAUGCUGCUCAUAUUCUAGUGUGUUGAUUGGGAUUAAAUUGAGGAAAACUCGUUGCCAACUAUACUUGUAGAGGUUUUGUUGAUGCUCUGUUACGGUGUAUAAUAUCUGGAUGGUAUUGCAUUCGAUGGUACUUGAAAAUUAAAAGGACAGUAGAUUUAUGGUGUAUAAAAUCUCUUUGUUGCAGUUUUUAUUC